UCGAAUGAAGUGUAAUUCUUUAUAUACAUAUACAAAUUAGAGUUAAUAAUAAUUGAAAAAUGGAUGUCGGUGAUACUCAAGAUUUUCAAAGACGUGUACCUGAUGAAGUUGGAAUUAAGUGUCAAAAGUUAUUUCAAGACUUUUUGGAAGAGUUUAAAGAAGAUGGAGUUGUGAAGUAUCUGGAACCAGCGAAAGAACUUAUAAGCCCAGAACAUAGUACAUUAGAAGUGACUUUUGAUGAUGUAGAUGAAUACAAUCAAGUACUUUCAACGACUAUUGUUGAAGAAUAUUACAGGGUUUAUCCAUAUCUUUGUCAAGCAUUGUGUAAUUUUGUCAAAGAUAUAGCAGAAUUAAGAAAAGAAAAGGAAUGUUAUGUCAGUUUUAUAGAAGUACCCACCAGGCAAAAGUUAAGAGAAUUAAAUGCAUCAAAAUUGGGUACACUGAUACGUAUAUCUGGACAAGUAAUAAGAACACAUCCUGUUCACCCAGAGUUAGUGCUUGGAACAUUUGUUUGUAUGGACUGCAAUACUGUCAUAAAAAAUGUAGAACAACAAUUUAAGUUUACGAAUCCGACAAUUUGUCACAACCCGGUUUGCAGUAACAGACGACGUUUUAUGCUAGAUGUGGAUAAUUCAGUAUUUGUAGAUUUCCAAAAAAUCAGAGUACAAGAGACUCAAGCAGAGCUGCCUAAGGGUUGUAUUCCACGCUCGCUUGAAAUAAUUUUAAGAUCUGAGGCAGUAGAAACUGUACAGGCAGGAGAUAGAUAUGAUUUUACAGGAACUAUGAUAGUUGUACCUGAUGUUAGUGUCCUUUCUCUUCCUGGUGUAAAGGCAGAUGUUAAAUCAAAGCGUCAAAAAGUUACAGAACAAGGAGAAGGUAUAACAGGUUUAAAAUCGUUAGGAACUAGAGAACUGACAUAUAAAACGGCAUUCUUGGCUUGUAGUGUUACCGCAACAAGUUUCAGGUUCGGUGGAACUGAAACAAACAUGGAUGAAAUAUCUCAAGAAAUGAUGAAAAAGCGGAUGUCUGAAGCAGAAUGGAAUCGUAUAUAUGAAAUGAGUCGCGACAAAAAUCUUUAUCAGAAUUUUAUUAAUAGUCUAUUUUCUUCGAUACAUGGUAAUGAUGAAGUGAAAAAAGGCAUUACUCUAAUGCUUUUUGGCGGGGUGGCGAAGACAACGUUAGAAGGCAUUUCGUUGCGAGGAGAUAUAAAUUGUUGUAUCGUUGGUGAUCCUAGUACAGCAAAAUCUCAAUUCUUGAAAAGUGUUGCUGAGAUUACUCCAAGAGCAGUUUACACUUCAGGAAAAGCAUCUUCGGCAGCUGGUUUAACAGCUGCUGUAGUAGGAGACGAAGAAUCUUCUGACUUUGUUAUUGAAGCGGGUGCUUUAAUGCUUGCUGAUCAAGGUAUUUGUUGUAUAGAUGAAUUCGAUAAAAUGGAUCCUAGGGAUCAGGUCGCUAUUCACGAAGCUAUGGAGCAGCAAACAAUUUCGUUGGCCAAGGCUGGCAUAAGAGCAACUCUAAAUGCUCGAACAUCAAUAUUAGCAGCAGCAAAUCCCAUUGGAGGGCGAUAUGACAGGAAAAAAUCUUUGCAACAAAAUGUUCAACUAACAGCUCCCAUUAUGUCUAGAUUUGAUUUAUUCUUUAUAAUAGUUGAUGAAUGUAAUGAAAUUGUGGAUAAUGCGAUAGCUAAACGAAUCGUCGAUUUACACUGUGAUAAUUGGCAAGAUUUUGAAACAGUAUACUCACAGUCAGAGAUUGUUAGAUACAUUAAUUUUGCUAAACAUUUUAAACCUAUACUGAAUCAGGCAGCUGCUGAUUUUUUAAUUGAUGGAUAUACAACACUUAGGCAAAAGACUGGUAGUGGUUCUGGAACGUGGAGAGUUACUGUUCGACAGUUAGAAAGUCUCAUUAGACUAGCAGAAGCUAUGGCUAAAUUAGAAUGCUCCGAUGAAGUUACUAUAAAGCAUGUCAAGGAAGCAAAACGUUUAUUGAGUAAAAGUAUUGUUACUGUAGAACAACCAGAUAUAGACUUAGAAGAAGCCGAAGAUGGAAAUCUGAAUGUUGAUAUGGAUGAUGCUCCACCACUUAUGGCUGCUUUAAAUGCACUCGAUAAUAACGAUAAGCCAAGUGACACACAACAAAUAGAAGAAGUGCAUAAAAAGAAGUUAAUAAUGUCCUUCGAAGAGUACAAGAGUUUGUCUAAUAUGUUGAUAUUGUAUAUGAGAAAUGAAGAAGCUCGCGCUGAAUUGUCUCCUGGCGACACCAAAGGUGGAUUAAGAAAAACAGAAUUAGUGGCAUGGUACCUUGAUCAAAUACAGGAUCAAAUAGAUUCCGAAGAAGAAUUACUAGAAAGGAAAAGCUUUAUUGAGAAAAUUAUUGAUAGAUUAACAUAUCAUGAUCAAAUUAUAAUACCUCUUCACACAAUUGAACUCAGAGGACACGAUAAAGAAGAUGAAGAAGAUGAUCCUUUGCUUGUUACACAUCCUAAUUACAUUAUUGAUACUUAA